GCUUUGAAUCAUCUGCGGGGCUGACUUUACAUGAUGUCAAAACACAAGACCAUGUGGCCAACUAUUAUGAUAAGAAGUUGAAGCACUGCCGCGUGAGAUUAUUUAAGAAUAUGCUAGGAAGCAGACUUAAGAUUUGGUUGCUGAAGCCUUUGCUGAUUUUUCCAAGUCAAAGAGGAAGCAGUUUGCAAGACAGAAUGAGUGAGAUUAAAAGACAACAGGAAGAAAAUAAACGGCAAGUUACUGAGCGGGAGCUGAAAUUACUGAAUCAAAAGAUAGACCGGUUACUUUCGCGACUAGACCACCACGAACCAGAACCUGCAGAAACAGAAGAUGAAGAGUGUAUCAUAUGCUUCAGCGGCAAGGCUUCCAUAGUAACACAACCUUGCGGACACCGUGUCGUCUGCCGCCGCUGCUUUAUCAAGACAAUCCAAGCCGCCAUAAGUCAACGCAGUCUGCCUUUAUGCUGCAUAGUUUGUCGAGCGCACGUCCACAAAUUGGUGAUGACCAAUGCAUUGACCACCGGGAACUUCAUGUCAGCUCCGUCUUCCCAAGUGUCACAGACACCUCCAUGUUUGAUGAUGUCAAAUCCACAAGCAUUGUUGCCGAAGUCACAGACUGUCUUGACUCCAAUUGUGCCAAAGAAGAAGAAAAAGACGACAAUACCGUUCUUUUCAUUUUUACGAAGGCUAAAAAAUAAACAUUCAAGAAGAAGGGGGACAUCUUGAUUUGUUUGCUUAUUAUGUAUAGUUGACUUGAGAUAUCUGAGAGAGGAAAGAAUUGCUUCUGGCUGGAAUGGUACAUUGAAAAAAAAAAAGUUACAUGACAUUGUUUAUGCCAAACAAUGCGCAUGAGACCUUCAAAUUGCAAAGGAGAAAAAAAAUGAUAAAAUCGUAAAAAUUACAGCAAUAUCACGUUAUCACCAAUUUCUAAUUUUUACCAACAAAAAAAAUUCACCAGUAUAUACAUACAUGUACUGUAUAAUCUAUAAGCAUGCAUUUCCAAAAUGGGGGUGACACAGAAUUGACAAACUUGGAAUUAAAGACAGUUUUAUAGAUUGUAAGUCUGUGAAAGGUAUUGGAUAUAAUAUGUCUUGCUGAUGAAGGAAAAAAUGUUGACCUGUCUAGAAAAAUUAAUUCUUGCAACGAUGUAAGGUCUUAUGCUCAUUGUGCACCUUAAAAAGGAGACUUGCCACAGUUGUUGAUUGGGAUUGGUAAUAGCUUAAAAUAUUAUGUUCUUGUGUCAUUCUUAUCUAUACUGGAAAAUUGUCUAUUCACUGUCACUUUUCCAAGGUGAAUCUGUAUAAAAUUGUAAAAAUUGUCUGUACUGUGAACUAAUUCUAAGUCUUUAUUUUUCUUCUUAGCCUAUUGUUUUUAUGGAAAUUAUUUAUUAAUUUUGAGUAGAAUGAAUUAAUAA